AUGGCUUCGUUGUCCGUUUCGUCUGGAAUCUGGCUUAAAAGCUGCUCGUCACUGUCCGUCGCAUCGUCGAACUAUGCGCUCUCGCUAAGCAUUGACUCUUUACCUCCAGAGCUAUUUGAUGAUCCACUUACGCUGCAAAAUGCUGUACCACUUGAUCUGCAGCAGCGACAGGGAUACGGUGCUUUAAAGCUCGAACAGAAUGGAGCAUUGCGACCUGGGGGUCAAGUGGCUCUCAUGACACGCAGGACAGUUGGACUUAUAGUUAACUAUGUGGCUUUUGGAGCACUUUGUGGAGGUUUAAACAGUCUCAAUAUUCCUCUUUUUAGUCACUACCUACAAUUACAACAAUACCAGAUCCGCGCAGCGUCUAUGAUUCUUAAUACAGCAUGGAUGUUUAAGGCCUUUGGCGGAUUCUUGACCGAUAACUUAAACAUAUGCGGCUAUCGACGAAAACCCUUGUUGAUUAGCGGCUGGGUGUUGUGUCUCGCAAGUCUGCUGUGCCUCGGAACGUCAGGAAUGCCUCAUCCAGGAGAGGCUGAAGCAGCGUGGAGAUAUCUAACAUUUAUGCUGUUUGGUUCAAUUGGAUACUUUUUGGCCAAUUCAGCAGCGGACGCUAUCGUAGUUGAAAUUGCGCAAAGAGAGCCACUUUCAAUAAGAGGGCACACUCAAGUGUCAGUAUUUGCAGCUCGAAUGUUUGGAGCUAUUAUUAUGAACAUUUUCGUGACGGGAACGUUAAAUGGAUCAGCUUAUGGCGGUAGUUUCUCGUGGUCGUUUAAUGUAAACCAAGUAUUGCUGGUAAUGUCAACAUGUCCAGUAAUUUCCUUGGUAAGUUCAAUUUGGUUCUUGUACGAGAAACCGACUAGGCAGGCAGUACCAAUGUUUGCUUGUUCCGAAGAGAGAUCACGUUCCGCUGCCUUUGGAUACCAGCAGCAAAACCCAUCGUCAUUUGAUCAAUCAAUGGGUUUAGGGAAGCGAUGUCAGCUAAUAUGGCGACUUAUCCAAAGCCGUGUUAUGUGGCAGCUAUUGAUGUUUGAGCUUAUGACAAGCUUUUGUUCGGCGAUCGACUCUAGUGCCGUCCCAGCAAUAGAAGCGAACUGGGUCAAUAUGGCCGCAUGGCCGAGAUCGAUUGCAUUCGCCGUGUGGUGCUUAGCUUUUAUUGCUGGCUUAUUCGCAAUUCAGCGCUUUUUGCUGCAAAAACCGUGGCGGUAUCUCUAUUGUAUUGCGACUGUCUGGGUCGUAGGUAUCGACAUUGUAACCGUGGCAUGUACAGUUUUCAAUGUGCUGCGAAAUCGAAGUUUCUGGCUAUAUAUGCGAGUUCUUGCAGCCCCGGCGGUAGCUUUGCGAUUCAUUGUCCAACUGUUACCGAUUGUGGAGCUUGCUCCGCGUGAAAUUGAGGGGACAACUUAUGGUUUGGUGAUUACAUUUCGUCAUAUGGCGAUUCCAUUGGGCGUUACAGCUUACAAUACUAUAGGUUCGUACUUUUCAGUCUCACAAGAAGAUGUACACCGCGACUCUGGUGCUACCCGAGUGCAGGUUACAUUUACGUAUCUUAUUGCGUGGACAUUUCAGCUCAUAAGUAUCGCAUUUUUGGGAUUACUUCCCCGCCAAAAACUUGAAGUACAGCAGCUUCGUUAUUAUGGAGGGUACAGUAUUUUCGGAGGAUGGCUCGUGGUUGUUGUACUCUUUAGCGUGCUUACUUACGAGACGAUUGCUAGCGUAUUGUCGCUGUUUGAAAGUACAUCCUGCCUUCGAAUGACUGGUGGUACGGGAUGUGGAAAAUGA